GAGAAAUGUUAGUGUUUCCCCGGUUUUUGGCGAGAGAACAUAUGACGGUCACAAGAAGAAAGACGCAAACACGAGGUUUGAAAGGGUGAGAACACGCGCGCGUGAUCUUGACAGAGAAAAUUUUUGUGAGUCGACGAUCUACCGGUAUGGUUAACAGGAAGUCAAAGUGUCAAAAACUUUUUGUUUUUCUCAGUAUUUUAUACUUCGCCCAGGCGGCUUCUUCCACGGGAGCCACUUCUAAUGUGGUCGUCGAGGAGCCUGAAUUUACAGACAUUAUAGAGAAUAUAACAGUGGCGGCGGGCCGCAAUGUAAAGUUCGCAUGCUCCGUCAAGAAUCUUGGAACUUACAAGGUGGCGUGGAUGCACUUUGAGCAAUCAGCGAUUUUAACAGUUCACAACCACGUGAUCACAAGAAAUCCCCGGAUUAGCGUUACGCACGAUAAGCAUAGGACAUGGUUUUUACACAUUAGUAAUGUGCAGGAAGAAGAUAAGGGACGAUAUAUGUGCCAAAUCAAUACAGUUACAGCGAAAACACAGUUCGGAUAUCUGCACGUUGUAGUGCCACCCAACAUAGAUGAUUCCCUGAGCAGCAGCGACGUUAUAGUAAGGGAAGGCGCCAAUGAGACGCUAACCUGCAAAGCCACGGGCUCUCCACAACCUAGUGUGAAGUGGAAAAGGGACGAUAACUCCAAGAUCACUAUAAACAAGACACUUACAGUAUCCGAGUGGGAAGGAGAAACAUUGGAAUUAACUAGAAUUUCAAGAUUAGACAUGGGAGCUUACUUGUGUAUAGCCAGUAAUGGAGUGCCCCCCACUGUGAGCAAAAGAAUCAAAGUUAGCGUCGACUUUCCACCAAUGCUGUGGAUCCCUCACCAACUCGUUGGUGCUCCUUUGGCUUACUCCGUAACACUGGAAUGUUUCACCGAAGCGCACCCGAGUUCUCUGAACUACUGGACAAGAGAAGACGGACAGAUGAUCCACGAAUCUAGGAAAUAUCACGCGGAGAACACCAUUGGAACUCCCGCAUACAAGACUCACAUGAGGCUGACGAUCAACAAUAUACAACUGAACGACUACGGAACUUACAAGUGCGUUGCAAAAAAUCCGAGAGGAGAGACGGACGGGACGAUUAGACUGUACACUUCUUCACCUCCAACGACGCCACCAAAGUCAACAACAACAGAAACGCCAAGUCGCAUCAAGGAUAUAUUGGGCAAUGGCAAUCUCAGCAAUUCGGUUUAUGGAAAUCCUUCUUCGCUCACUAUUCAUCAUGGCGAGAAAGGUUCGAAGUAUCAGUCAAACUUAAACGAAAUAGAUAAAUCUGAGCAGAAGAGCACAGACGGAGAAGGAAAGAGUGUGAGCUACGGUCACAUUGUGCCAAAUGGUGUAGAUAGUUCUUCAGGUAACCUAAAUUGCCAGCUUUCGUUGUGGAUACUUCCCAUAAUAUUGUUCAACGCGUUGCGGUGAAUACCUCACAACACGAAUUUUGUGUAUCCAUUAUAAUUACUAUUAGUAGGUUGUUAGGAACACUAAGUUCAAAUUAUAAAAUCACAAGGACGCUUAAAACCAAAGCAUAAGUGUACAAUUGUUUAUACCAUGUAUCACCUAAUUUGAAUGAAGACUGACAUCGUUUAGGAAAAUAUAAUUAAUUUUUAACAUAAUCGUCUAGUUGGUAAUGCCUGCAAUUAAGGGCAUGCAUUUUGCAAUCCACUGGAUUAGUUUAGUUGAUGGGCUUUCGUUUAUAACUUGACACUAUCCAAAAAUCAUCACCAACAUUUUAUUAACCAUUCGUUGCAUCAUACAUGUUUUAAACAUUUUUGUUCGUGUAGCGCAUGACCGAAAAAUAUAAUAUCCGAACAAUUACGAAAAACUAAAGGAAUGUCGUGAAUUAAUUCCUACUCGAACGCAUAGCGUAGCAAGCCAAUUCGAGGAUAUAACUAAACGCGUGCAAUAAAAAAUAAAUGCCAAAUUUAUUUGCUUGUAUUUUUUUAGAGAGCACCUAGUAACUUCUUGUGCCUUAAAUUAUAAAACGGUUUGAUUCGUAUGUAAUAGCUUUAAUUUGAUUUUUGAGGUUAAAUUUUCCAGCAACGAUGCACUUGUCAUGAUGUAUGAUGCAACCAAAGUGUAAUUUAAAAUUUUUAAUUUGAACCAACGGAUAUUUGGCUGGGAAUACUAUAGCUACUCAGUAUUUAUGUAGAAGCAUAAAAUAUCAAAUUCAUGUAGCUUUUGUAGCGUCCGAAAUGUUAUUGUAGUACAUACGUACAAUUAAUUCAGGAGUGUAGACUUUGUAAAUAAUAUAAUAAAACUCCUUGUUUUGUAAAAAUUUAGUGUGAUUAUACAUCAAAUGAAAAUAUUAACACACUAUUGUUUUUUUUAAUAAUGCUGAAAGAACGAGGUAUAACGUAGUUGUUGCUGUACGUGUCAGGAACCAUCCCAAGCAGUCACUAUGAAAUUUUUAAUAAAUAAUUAAUUUAAAAAUAUAUUUUAAAAUUCAGUCCAAAAAUAAACUUAUUUUUGUUUUUCGUUAAUUCAUGUUGUGACGUCAAAUAAAAUUUUGUGACAUAAAGCAAUAUUGUACAAUCGAUAAAACACUCGAAAAAAUUGCUGAAGACAACUGAAAUACAAACUAUUCACUAUUUUUCAAAAAUUUCCUCUCAAUUUUGUCAUAUUAGAGAUAAGAUUUUGUGAUAUCGUCAAAUUAUUACAAUUUUACAACCCUUAAUGCCUCCUGUACAUAUAAAACAAUAGUCGAAGUGUGAAUUUUGUGAAGAAGGUGACGCACCUACCGAGCCCACACUGCCUCUGCUGCAUACGCAUAAAUUUAAAUGUUGUAUUUAUUAAAAUCAUUAAAAGUUUAUAUAGUGUUUUUAUGAUGACAGUUCUUGUGCACGUAGUGUCAAUGUAACUAGACUCUGAACCACAAAUAGAUUAUGCAACGCAUAAAACAUCUCUUUUAUGGCCGGGGGUGACUCUGACAGUUUACAUGUUGUAUUUUGUCGUGCACAAAUCGAACAAAACCAGCGACAGGUUAUAAAUGUUUAUCACAAAUAUAAUUCUUGCUGUGGACGUUUCAUUGAACGCAAUUUAUGCAAAGUACUUACAUAUAGUUUUAUCUUUGUUUCUUUUUUUUUUCGAUAAGUGAAAUUGCUCUGGGAUGGAAUUUUAUACCAGGUGUCUCAGCUAAACCAAUCCUGCCAAACGAUAUUCGAAGCUUUGCUUUUAUCAGAUCGUCUGAGGCGACUGAAAAUAAUAAGUGGAAGAUGUGUCGGUCGUGACCUCAGUUUUUCGUCGUUGGUAGUGCUUUUGAAAUUAUCAGGCUGAGACACACGAUCUGUAGACAUUGCCUUACCGCUCUUAACUUUGUUGCUUCGAUUAACCGAGCUGUUUUUGUGAAUGCCUUAUCUUACCCGUUCUUCUGUACUUUAAAACUGACAGGGUAUUAGAGAUUUUAGUGAGGUACUGAUAUUAAGAAUUCUAUUUAUUUUCAUUUGUUGUAUAUAAGAUUGUUUUCAUAGUUACGAUUGUUAUAUAAUGAUAGGUUUGUAGUAGCUACACUCUGUAAGUACCUAAUUUGAGUUAGUGGGGCGUGUCUUACUUUGUCAAUGUGCCAAAUUGAUUAUUUUAUUAUGGAUAUACAUAUUAUUUUGUGAUUUCUGUUACGAGAAUAAUCAGUAGUAAAUUGUUGUAGAUACGAUGUUUCGCUACAAAAUAACUUAUGUUUUAAGAUAAGAGGAACUAUAAAACCGAAACUGUAUUUGCAUAUAUAUAUAUAUACAUAUAA